AUGUCCAGUGCUCGUGGUCAUACGCAAUCUCUUAAGUAUUUUCCAGAUCACCUUCACGUUGAACCGGGUGUGGUUGCGGAAUUUGCGAUCAUUGCGGGUUUCCUUACUGCACUGGAGAGUACGUUUGGACUGACAAAUUGGGUGCUCGCAGCUUCAUGGAUCGGGUGCAUAAUUGCGGGCAUCGCAGGAGGUUGCAUCGCACUAGCAUUUUUCCCGUUUGGGGUAUUUCUGGCGGGUACCAUGUUGACUUAUGCGUUCACCUCGUCGCUUCCCUAUCGCGUGUUCCCGGAUACACCCAACACUGCUCUGGACGUUGUCGUAAUGCUCCUAGGCGGCAUCUUGGCGUGGCUGCUAGUACAGCCGUUUGUAAUUAUUGCUACCAGUCUUAUGGGCUCGAUCGCGGUCAUUUGGGGCAUUGGUUACUUUGCCGGCAAGUACCCGACCGAUGACGAUAUUGAACAUUUCCAUGUGCAUGAAAAGAACUGGAGGACGUGGAUGAUACGAAGUCCCAGGAUCCUGGUGGGUGUACCUGGCUGCGAUACUGCUGCUGUUUGUAGUCGGAAUACUCAAACAAGCUCGCGAUGCUAA